CACAGGACUUGGGUUCGAUUCCCGGUCGAAGUGAAAAAAUCCUGGCCUUGGUGUUUUGGCACCCACAACUCGGGAGAAAAUUAUAGAUCGGGGGCUAAUAAAUCAGAACCAUUAUUUAUGUAUUAGAAUAAUUUACCGCUGUAGAAUAUAAAUAAAAUGAAAUGGUGUUAAUUAAACUAGUAGAUAAUAUGAUAUGAAUGUGUAAGUGAGUACAUUAUAUAGUUUGUGCUUUGCUUAUAAUAAUAUGAACAAGUAGCCCGUUACUUUGUCAUGCGCCAUUGAAUUACAAUCUUAUCGAGUUAUCCUGACUAUCAUGCAAAUAUUAAUUGUACUUUUUUUAAUAACUUUAAAUGGCAUUGUAAAAAAAAUUUACUUAUUGAAGUAAUUUAGUUUUUAUUAAAUUAUAUAAAAUCUGACAUGUAAAUAGACAAAGAUACAGAAGAGUUUUAGUAAAACGGAAACGCAGUUCAUUACCUUGAUUGAAACUUAUUAACAUUGCAGUAAUAAAUUGCAUAUUUUGGGGUUGAACGGUUUGCAGGUAAGGCCAAAUUUAGUUUCUGUUGAUUCUUUACAUUUAUACUAAAUAUAUUUAUUAAAAUCUUAUUAAUUAAGCACUGUGUUUUAAGAAAUUGAUUAAAAAAAACUAUAAAAAUAAAUUCCUGCUGGUUAUACGGCGUUUACGACACAAGCCAACAUUUUGUAGUGUGGUUAUGGCUCCAGAAUGAAAAACUUCCUCGCAAUACGCGCUGUUACCGCGACAUUACUAAUAAACCACAACGAAAAAAAAUUAUCGGAUCUUUUGUUACAAGAGAGUCAACGAACGUGGAUGAUUACAAGAGAAAUUAUGAUACAGGUGAUAACUUGGAAUGUAGAUCGAAAAAAAGAUGAUUUGAUUCUCUGAAUGAUGACAUUAUGUGAAAUUAUGGUGUAACCAAGUAAAUAAUAAAAAAAUGUCUAAAGAAGACAGAGUAACAGUGUAUCGUGAUACCUCGUGACGUCCGAAAAAUUCCGUGUCUAACACCAGUGAGGUAAUGACAAAAAUAAACAGCAAACAAUAAGUAGAAAAGGGAAGAAAACCUCUUCAAUGAUAUACUAAAAAGGAUUCUAACUGAUGGCGAUGAUGUAAAUAUGAAACUUGUAAUGUUUUGGAGUAAGCUUUCUAUUUCAUUCACUCAGAAACAACUACAAGAGUCACGUUGGUUUGACAAUUAUGCUUAGGUUAUAUUGAUUGAAGUAAGAAACUCUGUUUUGUAUGCUCUCAAGAAAUACUCAGCAUUUUAUGAAAACUGAGACAGGCGAAAAUGCACUACACCUAUUUAUCUGUGGCGAUUAUUGACCUAAAUACUAAAUUUAAUUACUACCGAAUAUAUUUUUACUUACAAUGGACGUUGUUCCUUUUCUGCCAAUGUACCUUUUUUAUCACUUAAAAAUCAUGCUUUUUUAAUGAAAUUUUCAAUUCAAAGUAGCCAUUGUUUUAAAACGAUAACUUAGGCGUACAUUGAUAGUAUUUUGACAGUACCCUAACCUUUCCUGAAAUAUCAAUCGCUACAGUUUCAUUACAAUCCGAUGGUUGGUAUAGGAAUGCAUAUAUAGAACAAAUAUACAAAUACAUAAAGUCCAAAAUAUAUUUUCAACCCCUAAUACGCACACUUUUAGGGCUAAACAUUUUAAAAAAAACUAUACGUUUAUUUCUAAUCAUAAGUAACCAAAAUAGCAUAUAAAAUUUAAAAAAAAAGCGGAAUUCAAUACAAUCAUUUAUAUGUAAUGUAAUUUACUGCUUUAGGAGGGAAGUUUCCCAAUAUAUUUCUUCAGUAGAUCCUAAAAACCUAAAAGGCAUCAACAGCCCAAACUUCAAGUUUCGAUCAAUCAGGCGGAAAAACAUAUAAAUAGAGAGAAUAAGAAAAAAGGUUUCGAAAGUACAUUCUUUUUGUUGCAUUUCAAAAUUACUGCGUCGUUUUGACAAUUGUGUUUUGAAGUACAAACCUUUUUGACACAUUUUAGACUUCUUUUCAGUUUUUUAAAUAAUUAUAUUACUAAAAUAUUGUAGUAAUCAACACAAAAAUGUAAUGUAACACGUUUUAUCUGUUAAACCCCAAACCAGUUGACGAUGUUGUUGAACACGCGAUGAGGGACACAUCCGAGUCGUGAUCGGUAACAUGUAACAAUUGUUCAUUCGUUAGGUAAAUCAUUAAAUAAAUAUAAAGGCAUUUCAAGGUACUUUUUUUUCGAUCAAGAUGUUAAAUCUGGUAAAUUACCAACUAAUAAUAUAUCUAUAAUGGAAAAUGACCCUAACAAAAAAGAAUCGAGGGGAAGAAGGCUAUUCAAAAAAGUAAUUCGUCGCAAAAGUAAAUCCAGCGAUGACGGUAAAAAUUCUAAACUAGAACGAACAAACGAAGAAAGUGCAUCAAUUGAAAAUAAAAGUGGCUCUGAAGAUACCAAUGACAGCUCUUCGCUCCGCAAUGUAGAUGGAACCGAAGGAGUAGAUCCUCAGAAAAUUAAAUUAGAUGACAAGUUGGAACUUUCACGAAUCCGAACCGAUUCCGUCCAAGAAGACGUGUUACGCAUUCAAGAUGAUGAAGAAACCGAAGAGUACUCUUCAAAACAUGUUCGACCCAAUACGCAAACCGUUACUAUAAAAGAAUCUACAAACCAAAUCCAAACAAGGAAAACAAGCUUGAAAAGGGUACGUGCCAGUGCCGAAAAAAACUAAGCAUUAUCUUAAUCACGCUACUGAAAUAUUCCUUUUAACGCGUAACAUUAUUUCCAUAUUAUAUGGCUGGGAAAUUCCCACUUCACCAUAGACAUUUAUCCCUACUGAUAACAUUGUUCGUUUGAAAUGUGAACUCAAUUGUUUACGCACUGUACGAGGUAUAGGUAUGGAAAGUUCAUAUAGGUUUUUUAAAUAAAAACUACAGGUUUUUUAUAUAAAAACUACAUUAUAUAAAAUUUCUAGUUUACAAAACAAGUUAUCAAACUAAUGAAGUAGGUACGUUUUAUUCCUCACGUUUCUGCACAAAAUCGAACGUCUCGAUAAAAAUAAGACGUGAACGAACUCUGCCAACAAUAAUAAUUAUAGCUAAAGUGAAAUUAUUGUUGUCAGAGGAAUGAGUUCAUCGACACGCACGCGUCGCUGACGCUGUUUCGUUGUUGU